AUGGCCUCUACAAGGCAACAUCUGACAGACAGUCUACAAUGUCCAAUCUGCAAGGAUCUUCUCACCAAGCCGAAGCUUCUACCUUGCUCACACACAUUCUGUGAAGGUUGUCUAACCCAAGUCCACUCAACUCAAGCUUGGCGUGAUCAGAUACCGUGCCCUGUGUGUCGCUCUGUUGCCCACGUGUCCAACAACAACGUAUCAUACUUUCCAACCAAUCAAAUUGCCAAGUCCCUUGUAGAAGAUAUCAAAGAGAGAUCGGACAAGAAGAGAUCGACAGACUCAACAUCCUCUGGCCAACGUUGCACCGUGUGUGAUGAUGAUGAUGAUCAAGGACUUGCUACCUUUUACUGUCAGCAUUGUUCAGAAUUUCUCUGCGACUCUUGUCUUGAGCAGCACAAUAGGUUUAGGAAGAAUGUCUUCCACAAGCUCGUUAGUGCUAGAGACAUCGCAUCAGGAGAAAUCAGAAUACAACUUGCGUGUCCAGAACAUCCUCGAGAACUGCAGCAGUUCGCGUGUAUCACAUGUUUGGUUCGCACCUGCUGUAGGUGUUUGGAAGUGGGUCAUCAGCAUGACGGGCAUGAGAUCGUCGGAAUUGAACAGUGUGACAAGUGGCUCAAAGAAGUAGUUGAUUCUUUGCCGGAAGAAGUAAACAGAAAACUGCUCUGA